AGCGAAGAAAGAAUGUUCGGUUUGCAGUUUCCGCUUCUGGUAAUCUGCCUCAUUCUGGGCCUAGCUGGGAUUGCUCCUGUAGAUUCAAAACGUUGCACGACCCAUGACAACAAAGUUGGAAAAUGCUUGAGACCUAGGGAAUGUCCGGCUUUGGCACUCAUUUUAAAAAAGAUCAGGAGCGGAGAGCCACUGACCCAAAAGGAGGAUUUUCUUAAAAAAUCAGUUCAUAGAUGCGGCGUAGAUCGUAAAACCUUUUGCUGCGAAGAUCCCCUUGACUCUGAUGUAUUUGACCUGCUUAAGAAAAACGACGACACCUGCGGACUUUUCACUGAUGUAAAGGUUGUUCAUGGCAGAAAAAUUCGUAUGGGCUCCCGACCCUGGUUAUGCUUGCUACAGUACAACCUUACUGAUCCUAAACUAGACUACAGAGAACAGUUCAAAUGUGGUUGCACGCUGAUUAGUUCAAACUUUGUUUUGACGGCUGCGCACUGUAUUCACGAUAACCUUGCAUCCGUCCGAUUCGGAGAGCAUAGCAUUAGCAAUUCGAAAGACUGUAUGAUGUUUGGCCAGGAUCGGGUAUGCAUAGACGACCCUCUGAACAUUCCGAUCGAAAGGAUGAUCCCCCACGAAAAUUACUUACGAGUAAAAAUGAAAAACGACAUUGCGUUAAUCCAACUUAAGCACCCGGUCCAGUUCACCGAUUUUAUUAGACCCAUAUGCCUGCCACUGUAUCCGGACGUCCAAUUGCAGUGUCAGGCCGGAACACAGUUUGAGGUAUGCGGCUGGGGGUUAACGGAGAACGGAACACUCUCCGAUGUCCCUAUGAAGACAAUCCUUAAUCGGGUGGAGGCGACUAAGUGCAUCGACAACGGCUUCAGAAUCGGAGACACCCAGUUCUGCAUGGACGCCCAAGGAGCCGAUAGCUGCCAAGGCGACUCUGGAGGUCCAUUAUCCUUCGUGGGUCAGUACAAAGGCAACCAGCGCCAUGUGCAGGCCGGCAUCGUCAGCUAUGGAGAUGAGAGUUGUGGAAACUUCUCGGUAGCGGUCUAUACUGAUGUGACUGAAUAUAUGUCUUGGAUAACCCGCAUAAUGUCAGAAGCUUAUAAUGUGACUGGAGGAGACAAGUGGAGUGUAUGAACUUGCCUGUGGGUUGGCUCUGAAACAAACUAAGAUUAUACGUUGUUUCAACAUUAAAUAAUAAAGAAAACAGUGUAAAAAAGAA